AUGGCAAGUGGAAAAGAUGAAAAAACAGAUCCAUCAGAACCUGACAAGCGAUAUCCAUUUGAGUCUCUUUGUGACGAAAGUUCAGAUGAGGAGACAGUUUUAAGUUCAAUUACAAAUAAUCAAGGAACAGCAAAAACGGGCGAUGAAAAAAGUCGAUCAACGGAAACUGAAAUUCGUUAUCAAUUCGGGUCUAUAAUAUCCAGCGAGAGCUUGAACCAAGAGGUGUGCAUUGGUAUAGGUUUGCCGGACAGUAGCACCUCUGCCACAGGUACUAAAAAGAAGAACGAUACUUCUGUAAACCAGUCGUUGGAUGGACUCAGUUCUGAUAUUGAUACCGAAGAGGCUAGUAAACAAUAGAGUUUUAACCAUGUAAACGAGACGGCUUUAGGAUAUAUAUAUAUAGGAUAUGUAAUUUUCCUCAUUUACUAUAUACGUGUCACCGUGUUUAUCGAUAAUUUUAUUUCAGAUUGU